AUGCGAACAGGUUUGGCGUUUUCUGUGAAAACGCAAAGCAGGAUCGCAUUUUCUUCAGAGGGUAUGACAUUUGGUAGCAAGGAAACACUUCAAUGUGCUCUAUCUGGGUGGUCAAUAAUUAAAAAUGUAGAGUUCAAGAAAUCAACCUCCAAUAAGACACGUCUAACAGUAGUAUGUGUCCAACACGAUAACCAAACUCGUCCUUGUCUUUGGCGUCUCCAUGCAGCAAAGAGUAAACGCCUCGGAGGGGUAUGGAAGAUUUCAACUAUAACCGGGAGACAUACAUGCACCAACCCGAUAUUGUCUGCAAGUCACCGGAAUUGUACUUCGAAGUUCAUCUGCCAAUUUAUAAUAGGAACCUUAAGACAACAACUAGAUUUAAAACCAAAAGAAAUCAUUACCCGAAUCAGCUCAAAAUUUGAUGUUAAGGUAUCAUAUAUGAAAGCUUGGGAUGCACGAAGAAAAGCAAUAAGAUCAGUAUUUGGUAGUUAUGAAGAAUCAUACAGUUCGUUAUACCGGAUGAUGGAAGCAAUACGUUUAGCAGUACCUGGUUCUGUUUAUAAUAUUCAAGUAACACAGGGGAUGCGAUUCAAGAGUAUUUUCUGGUCCUUUGGCCCUAGCAUUGUGGGAUGGAAAUAUUGUCGUCCAAUACUUUGUCUUGAUGGUACUUUCCUAUUAGGAAAAUAUAGAGGAACAUUGCUUGCUGCUGUUGGUGUCGAUGGAAAUGGUGGGUUAUACCCACUUGCAUUUGUAGUGGUUGAAUCCGAAUCAAUUGAAUCAUGGAUAUGGUUCCUGCAGAUGCUGCAUGAUCUCAUUGUAAGUACACAUUCACGUCCUGAUUUAUGUAUUAUAUCUAACAAACAUGCCGGUUUGAUACGCGGUUGUUGUGAGAUUUUUCCUUGGGCUGCACAUCGACACUGUCUCCGUCAUCUGCGAGAAAAUUUUAAGAAAGUUUUGCGCCGGCUCGCCAUCCCUAAUUGUGAUGCUGUUUGUGAUAAAAUGUAUUGGGCAGGAAAUACAGACGAUAUUAAAAUCCACGAAAGGCACAUGAGAGACAUACAAAAUAUAAAGAAAGAGGCUUACGAUUGGUUAAUGGAGAGGGAUCGUACAAAGUGGGCCCUAACUUAUGAUGGUGGAUUUCGGUAUGGAGUAAUGACAACAAAUGCCUCUGAAUGCUUUAAUGGCGUCCUACGAAGAGCUCGCAGAUUACCUAUACAAGGCCUAAUCAUGAGUAUAUAUUACAAUCUAGUCUCCUUAUUCAUAAAGCGAACAACAAAGGUUGAACAGUGGACUGCUUCCGAUGGCUCAGCAUUUGUCCCACACACAAAGGCUGUUCUGGAAUUGGCUGGACGACAGGCUCGUAGAAGUCCACAACCAACCCAGAUUAAUAACCAUGAGUUUAAGGUGUUUGACAUGUCAUGUAGUUCAUUUCACUUUGUUAUUACAUCUCCACAAACAUGUAUUUAUUCGUGUGGUCACCCACAGAUUUAUCACAUGCCAAGCAAACAUGCAGUGACUGCCUUAAGUUCACGACGUUGGGAUCACAAUGCUUUUGUAUCGACCUACUACAGCUUAGUCUGUUACAAAGAAAAUGCGAUCCUGCUUUGCGUUUUCACAGAAAACGUCAAACCUGUUCGCAUUUCUGCUCCUUUUUAA